UGAGGGGUUGAGCACGUGCCACGCGCCCUCCCGUUGGUGGCGCUGGUCGGCGUGCACGAGCCUGCGUUGCUCACAACUGUGCCUUCUCGACGCUGGCCAAAGUGAGGAAGAAGCAAAGCAACAAACAAGACAAGAACAACAAAGACGACGAGCAGCCUUUUCCUCCACGACUUUCCUUUGCGAAGCUUCCCUUUCUGCUGGCGGCGCCCCUUUGCUCUUGAGGCUGUGGUAUGAGCCUAUGUGGCAGGAAGGCGCUGACGUUCCUGAGCAGCGUGUUCGCUGUUUGCGGCCUGGGCCUGUUGGGCAUCGCCGUAAGCACAGACUACUGGCUCUACCUGGAGGAGGGCGUCAUCCUCCCACUUAACCAGAGCACCGAGAUACGCAUGUCUCUCCACUCGGGCCUCUGGAGGGUUUGUUUCCUGGCUGGAGAGGAGAAAGGUCGCUGCUUUACCAUUGAAUAUGUGAUGCCCACUAAAGUCCAGAUGACUUCGGAGUCCACUGUUAGUGUCCUGAAGAUGAUCCGUUCGGCCACACCUUUCCCACUGGUCAGCCUCUUCUUCAUGUUCAUCGGUUUUGUCCUCAGCAACAUUGGCCACAUUCGACCACAUCGCACCAUCCUGGCCUUUGUUUCGGGAAUCUUCUUCAUCCUAUCAGGUCUGUCUCUGGUCGUUGGUCUGGUGUUGUACAUCUCCAACAUCAACGAUGAAAUGUUGAAUAGGACCAAAAGCAAUGAGGCCUACUUCAGCUACAAGUAUGGAUGGUCGUUUGCCUUUGCUGCUAUCUCCUUCCUCCUCACUGAGACGGCUGGUGUGAUGUCCGUGUACCUGUUCAUGAAGCGCUACACGGCGGAGGAGAUGUACCGGCCCCGCCAGGGCUUCUACCGGCCUCGCCUCAGCAACUGCUCGGACUACUCGGGCCAGUUCCUCCAUCCGGACGCGUGGGCCGGGCGUGGCCGCAGCCCCUCGUCCUUCUCCUCCGAGGCUUCCCUCCAGAUGAACUCCUCCAACUAUCCUGCCCUCCUCAAGUGUCCUGAGUACGAACAGAUGUCCUCCUCGCCGUGCUGAAGCAAAGAACCACCAGAGAAACUCAUAUUGAAGCCAAAGGAAGAACCUGUGACACAGCAUCCUGCCUCCCUCAUCAGCACCAACUCUUCGAAGCUCAUUCACAGCUAUCUACUGUAUACACAUAGUUGAAAUACAGAAAUAUGUUGGUAAUUCAUAAAUUCCUACCAGUAAAAUUAACAUAACAAAUAGCCAGUAUUCCAUUUGUUUAUAUCCUAUAAUCUAUUGUGAAGGGGAAAGAAGAUGGACUGUUCUAAUGGGAAGUGUGAACCAUUAUUUUUGCAACAUGUGAAUGGAAGAAGUACAAAAGAAAAAUCUGUUCAUGAGAUUUUACAGCAUAAAUUCAAGAUAUUUUCGUAAUUCACGCCCUUUUGAUGACACAAUAUUCCUGGUCGGAAUAUUCCAAAAAGAAUUGUGCCAACGAAGAUGUUUGAAGCACAGUUAAAACUAUUGAAUACCAACAUUUCAUGCAGCAUUAGGUGAGUAAACAUAUUACUAAGAAGCAUGUUGUCUAGUGCAAUUAUUUUAUCUGAUUUCACAAUAUUAAUGAUAACUGUUCAUAUUUAACGUUGCGUUGUGUUGUGUUGUUGUGAACUCAUACAUUAUUAAUGGUAUCCAACAUUUGUUUAUUCAGUAUUUGUCUCUUUUGUCUCACAGGAUACAUAAACUAAAUAAAUACAAACUAUCCAUCUCAAGCAUUAUUGUAGAUAGAGCCUUGUGAUUAUUCCAAAUGUGUAUGUAAAUAUGCAUUUGUAUAUAGACUCAGUUUUGUAUAGAGAAAAAUUUAAAUAUACAUUGAUGGAUGUUCUGUUAUUCAAUAGAAUAAUUUUCAAUAUCUGUGACUGCUGCUUUACCUCACAUUGAGAAUGUGAGAUUUUGCAUAAUAAUAUGUAAAUGUUGUGUUCUGAUGGUUGUCACAUUGCAAAUGUGAUUAUUAAUUGUGUAUUUUUACAGUCCAGUUUCAUGUUUCAACUGUGACUGCAUAUUCAGCGAAAUAAAGGGAUUUGCUAAACAA